UCAUAUACAACAUUUUUCCGUUAUUUAUUAAUGACGUAUAGAUAGGGUGGGGUUGUUUAACCUACAUUUUAUAGCGGUCAAAAGUUUUGGGUUUUGAAACUGUUGAACAUUAACAGAAAAAAGUUCUUUAAAAAAUGUUUUAUCAAUUAAAACUAUUGUGUUCUCAAAAAGAAGGAAUAUUUGCUGAUGUAUGGAUUGCGGCUACUUUAGGGGUGAAAAGAUUAACUAAAAAUCAAAUUCACAAUACAGAUAUUGUAAAAAUCAGUAAAGAAAUUGAGGAGAUGAUUGUAACUCAAUCUCAUCAUCCUAAAAAGAGGCUCUCGCUUCGUUUAGCAGUUAUACUUGUAAACGGGGCAACCAAAAUAUAUUUGCAGCAAGUUAUAACAUUGCAAGAAGAAAUACUAUCAUUUCUCUGUUAUGUUAGAAGACCCAUUAAGUUGACUGACGAAAGUAUUAAAAGACCAAGAAAUGUCAAGGCCAAAAAGAGGCCAAGACCCAAGCAACAACCUGAAACCUCCAAUGAACAAGAACAAAUCGAAAUACCACCUGGAUCUUAUAUCAGAAAGCUAUCAGAUACUCAUUACACAUCGGCUAUUGCCGAAGAAGUAGAAAGAACGAGAAUUGGUCCAGGGCCUAUCGAAUGGGGCGAUGAGUUUAUAAGACAAAUAGAAGAACUCGCAGAGCUUGAAAGGAUCCAAGAGGGAGCCAAAGAAACGUAAGAAAAAUGUAUAUGUGUUGAAGAAACUUUUGUAUUUAAAGAAAUGCCUACUUGUACAAUUUAUUAAUUUCACGCCUGAGGCAUUCAAUUUUUAAAACUCUUUAUUUUAUGAGUGAAAUACUAAUUGUCGUGUGUUUCAAACAAUUUCAUUAAAUGCACUUUAAUUAGUAAAGUUAUUGAUUAACAUUAUUUGAUAGUUUUAUACAAAUAAAUACAGUAAAAAAAUAAUAAUUAAUAACCCAUUGGAAGUUAUUACUAUCCCAUUAUUGAAUUUAAAGUUACCUACAUCCAUUCU